GUAUAUAUAGUUUAAAAGGUGCCCUGUCACUGAAAUCACAUGUAGCAUCAGUCCUUGAGUGCACAUUACUCUUAGGAGCAGUUCCAUAAAUCUGAAGGGCUUACUGGUACUGGAGUAAAUUGCAAUUUCUUUGCAGCAUUGUAAAUCACUGAAAAGCACUGUUCUGUAUGGCUGGUAGCCAUUAGAUAUCACACAUCAGUGUAGGGCCGUGAUCCUAAUUUCUUGGCUGUAGCAGUCCUACCCACAUAAUCUAUAUGUGAUCCCUCUGCUCUGCACUUGAUGGCCUGGAACCAUACUGCCUGGCAGAGAGAUUCUUCUCCAAGUCUGGUGGGGUAUUAAUUUCAUAGGAGAAAGGUUGAAUGUGGCUGACUAAUCCAAGACAGUUGAUGAUCUUGGCCUCUAUGAGCAUCUUCUGAAGUGUGGACAUCAUGGGUGUAGGCAGGUGCAUCCUGCAUCUUUGCUGAAGCAGGAAGCUUGGAUCAUACCAGGGAUCUGAAAUAAAAGAUUCUGUAUUAAUGGUAAGGCAGUUGUUAACUAUGUUUUCCAUGGGAUGGGAUUCAUGUAAUAGCAGAGCUUGCCUUACAGAGACCAAUACCAUAAGGAAUGCUGUUUGAUUUCUGAUUCUGAGUUUGAAACUGUUAUCUUUGAUUGUGUGGAGUUCCUCUGUUGAUGUAGAAAGCUGUAACAGUCCUUGGUUCUCUGAUCAUCAUUUGAGGAGGUGAACAGCAUUGAAGAAGCAUCUCUUUGGAAUUUCAGGUCUUACAAUGGGGAAUAACAUCUCUUUUCAUUUUCUAGGAGGAGCGCUUGGUGGACUGCUUGGUGCCUGGAUGAACAGAGCAAAAUUCAAGCCAGUCCCUCAGAUUUUAAUGCAAUUGCCUCCUGCCGAGCAGCAGAAACUCUACAUUGAAGCCAUUGUGGUACUCAAGAGCUUAGACUGGUCUGAUUUUGCUCGACUAACUGCUGUUGUAAUGAAUAGUCAUCUUCUGCAGCUGCAGUUGGCUAAACUACUGGAAAAUUACUUCACCAGAGAGCUAAGUGCAGUGAUAAAGUGUGGAGCAUAAAGCUUUUCAGUGCAGAUUUAUAGGUUGCAAUGAAUUUUAUUCUGGCAAUUGUGAUUCUUCAGUGUGUUAAUUAUUAGCAUUAGUAUUGUCAUUGUAGCUUUUGUUUCUCAACUGAUUCUGAAUAUCCUCUGUCUUCAUUAAAAUAUUCCUUAGAAGCA